AACUCUUCAGUCCUGUUGAGCAGCACCCCACUCCGGCCGACUCUCGCGCUCUCUCUCCCGCGCACACACUCGAGCUCAGAUCCGUCCCGCCGCCCCGACCCGACCCAACUCGCCCCCUGUCUGAGAGGGACCCGGGCUGGACGCCCCGAAACUGGACCGCUGAAGCCAGCACCAUUACACUGUGGACCAACAGCGUCCGAAUCCUGAAACCGGAUCCGUUCAGGCAGUGGGAAAAGUUAAAGAUGGAAAAGUGUUUUCCAGUAACUGUCGCAGUUUAUGAGGUGGCCAACACACACACACUGCUUCAGGAGGUACCUUCACCGUGAACCCCUGAACCCCACACCGCCCACGGCCCUGCGAGCCCACCAAAAGGGUGCCCCGGCCCUUCCUCCCGCCCCCCCCCCCGAUGAUGGAGGAUUCUGCAGAGACACGCUGGGUCUCCCCGGUCCUCAUUGGGCCCGACCCGCUUUCCGGCUUCCCCUCCGAGCAGGGCCUGAUCCAGACGGCGGAGGAGCCCGAGUCGUUCUACUCCAGCGUCGAUUCGGACUUCACCACCCUGCCCUCCUACUUCUCCAGCCCGGCUCACAGCCGAGCCGCCCCGGCCUACCGGCAUUCCCCAGUGCGCCAGGUCUACUCCUCCUCCUCUCUCCUCAACAACCUGCAGUGGCUCGACGGGACGGCCCACUCCCUGAACUCUCCGUACAACCCCCCUCCGCACCCCUCCUGGUCCGUCGGCCCCUUCGGCAAGACGCCGCUGUCCUCCCCGGGGGGCUCCCUCUCCCUCUACCCCACCUCCUCCUCUUUCACCUCCCCCAAGGAAGGCCUGCCUUCGCCGGGCCGGGACGACAAGGCGAGCCCCAGGCUCCAGGAGGCCUUGAAGGCCGAGCGCCUCAGCCCCAGCAGCGGCAUGGGGGGUGGCACUUUCCUGAACCUGGGCUCGGGCGCGGGGGUGGCCCACACACACUCCCACUCCUACACACACGCCCACACGCACGGGCUGGGACCCUAUAGCCCCUACAUGGCCUCCCCACAGGAUUACAGCACGGGUGGGCUGUACCCUACGCCUGGGGGGCUGGUAUCCCCUUCUUCGUACUCCCCCAAGCUGCGCAACAAGAUGAGACUGUCCCCUUCAGAGGCCCGGGAGUGCGUGAACUGCGGCGCCACCAACACCCCCCUCUGGCGCCGGGACGGGACGGGCCACUACCUGUGCAACGCCUGCGGGCUGUACCACAAGAUGAACGGGCAGAACCGGCCCCUCAUCCGGCCCAAGAAGAGACUGAUCGUCAGCAAGAGAGCGGGCACCCAGUGCGCCAACUGCCACACGAGCACCACCACCCUGUGGAGACGCAACGCCAGCGGGGAGCCCGUGUGCAACGCCUGCGGACUCUACUUCAAGCUGCACAACGUGAACAGGCCCCUCACCAUGAAGAAAGAUGGCAUCCAGACCCGCAACCGCAAGGUCUCCAGCAAGAACAAGAAGGGCAAGAAGGGGGCCGAGGCCUCCUACUCAGAGCUGUCCCGGGGCCUGGGGCUGGAGGAGCAGGGGGGGCCCUUCUCGCUGGGGCCCGGGUCGCUCUCCGGCCCCCUGCUGCCCUUCGGCCACCCCCCCCACCUGCUGCCCCCUCCCUCCGCCCUGCACCCCUCCGCCACGCUUUCCUACUCCCACCACCCCUCCUCCGGCAUGGUGCCCACCCUGGUGUAGGGGCGCACAGGCGCAGCAGUGCCCACCCACGGACGCAGGCUCUCUCACGCUCGGCUGCGUCCCCGGUUCACAGCAAAGACCCCCCCCGUCCCCCAGCGCCCCGGCACACCGGCACGAGGGGUACACCUCCCGUCAGGGACACCAGCCCCCCUCGGAUGGGG